AGAAAGAAGGCCAUCACUUUGCACUCAUCUUAUCUUUCUUGGCGAUGUCAUAUUUUAGGAAUUGCUCUUGGUAUAAGAUUUCUUUGCGGAAUAGCAUUACUAUUUGUGUUUCUGGUAUAUAAAUUAAGAAGACGACAUUUGUCAGUGGAUGACACCAUUGAAAACUUCCUGCAAGGUCAAAAUGAUCUCAUGCCUAUUAGGUACACUUAUUCACAUAUAAAGAAAAUCACCAACGGAUUCAAUGAUAAAUUGGGUGAAGGUGGAUUUGGCACGGUAUAUAAAGGAAAACUUAGAAGCGGCCUGGUAGUAGCUGUUAAGGUAUUAGGCAACUCCAACGCUAGCAGCCAUGAUUUCAUCAAUGAAGUUGGCACUAUUGGUAGAAUCCACCAUGUUAACAUUGUAAAACUUGUCGGCUUUUGCUUUGAGAAUCGAAAACGUGCACUGAUAUACGAGUUUAUGCCUAAUGGAUCUCUCGACAAAUACAUUUUCCCUGAAGCAGGGGAUACAAUCACAUUGAGAAGUGAUAAGAUUUAUGAUAUUUCAUACAAAGUGGCAUGUGGAAUUUGUUAA